GUAUUAUCAUCAUUGUCCUCAUCAUCAUCAUCAAUUCAUUAUACAGCAGGAUACAUGGAAAUUCUUGCAGUUGUAGUCCCCUUGCAGUAUCAUCAUCAUCAUCAUCAGUGAUUAUACAGCAGAAUACAUGAGUUUGCUUGUAGCUGUGAUCCCUUGCAGCAUUGUCAUCAUCAGUGCAUUAUACAGCAGCAUGCAUGGGCAUUCUUGUAAAUGUAGCCCCCUUGCAGUAUCAUCAUCAUCAUCAGUGAUUAUACAGCAGAAUACAUGGGCUUGCACCCAGUAUGACCUCAGGUGGUACACAUGUAACCCCUUAGUGGUACAGAAUUUCCAGCACAGGACAUAGAGAGUGUAUGUCAAAUUUGCAGACAAGCCGGGUCAUGACCACUUACAGGCAAUAGACAGUGUCUGGAUAGGUGGGGGUAAGUGAGAUCAUUCUAUUACCCCACCCAGCCUGCCAGCAUCACAUGGCCUCGAAGUAGCCGGCGCUAGGACCUGGGAGGCGCCCAUGCUGCAGAGUGUACCGGCUUUGCUGCAAUAUAAAUACUUGUGUAAAAUGCAGAGCACAUUCUUUCCUGCUUCCCAGCUGCAGAGUCCACAGCAUCCCCAGUGCCCGGGCAGCAUCUCCCCCAUCCUUUGCAACCCUCACCAUCUUUCUCUCUCUCUUUGCACAUCCCCCCUUUUUUUCUCUCCUCUGGCCAUUUGCAUGCAUUUUAUUCCUCCAAAAAUGGUUUGUGAGACUGGAAUCCUGGCAGAUGAUCACAGCUCCAUAGCAGGACCCCAGAAAGACCCCCUGAUCGUCUCUUCAUCCCAGAUGUGGCCCCCUCUGCCCAGUGCAGCCAGCACCACCUCUCCACUGGUGCCCCCCACUUCCACCACCAAUACUACCACCAGCUCUGGGGGGGCUGCAGAAGAAGAGGUCUUCAUGAAGAACAAGAAGGAGCAGCAGCUUUAUAUUCGGGAAUUUCAACCCUCAGACCAGGAGAUUGCAAGGAGAAUCUUUUAUGAAGGGAUUAAAGAGAGGAUCCCCAGCUCUGCAUUUAGGGGGUUAAAAUACCAGCCCCUGCUCCAGUGCCUCUAUGCCCUGUUCACAUUAAUAUGCUUUGUUGUGACCAACUCCUUGAUGCUGGCGUGCUGUAUGCCCAUCAUUCUAUUGGGCAUGAGAUACUACUUCAGUAGAAAAAUAAUCCUCCACCUUCUCGAGUGUGCUCUACGCACGGAUAUGUCCGAUAUUGAACAAUAUUACAUGAAACAGCCGGGAUCAUGCUUCUGGGUGGCAGUCCUAGAGGGAAAAGUGGUCGGAAUAGUGGCAGCUAGAGGCAAUGAAGAAGACAACGUCGUUGAGUUACGCCGGAUGUCUGUCGAUUCCAGCUACCGUGGGAAGGGUAUCGCCAAAGCCUUGGGCCAUAAGGUCCUUGAGUUCGCCAUGUUAAACCACUAUUCUUCCAUUGUGCUUGGAACGACGGCGGUGAAAAUAGCAGCUCACAAGCUGUACGAGUCCUUGGGGUUCAAGCAUGUGGGUGUCGUAGAGCAUUACACCAUUCCUGGGAUGACACAUUCAUUACUGGAAAGAAUGUUUUUUCAGCUUCGCUACCAUCGCUACUGUCUCCAGCUACGUGAAGAAUAAUGGAACUCUGUCCACCCUCCCCGUUCCUGCAUUCAUUUUCUAUUAACCCAUUCCUGCAGCGACAGCAGAUAUUUUUUUUUAUUUGCUGUUUUAUCCCCCCCCCCCCACCCCUUCAUUCUCGAAUGUAUAACAGGCUCUUCCUCGCAUGCUGUGAGAUGGAAGCUGGGCCAUCUUCUUCCUCGCGUGCCGUAUGGACAGGUCACCUAUUGGUUAGGUAGAAUUUACCUAAGAGUUGCAUCUGUAUAAAGCACAGACACUGGAGCGGUGGCCUGAUAAAAAUAUUGUACUUUUUAGGAAGAAGAAAAAAUAUAUAUAUAUCAAUUUACUAACUACCAUUCAGAUAUAGGGAUGUGAAUUCAACCUAAAUGCAAUGCAUUACACCAGUAGGGAGCGCUAUCAAUAGAUCAGUUAACCUAUUUUCAAGACAAUGUGAAUACUGAUGCUUGGUACAUACAAUGCAUGAAAAGGAAGUGUCUGCACGUUCACAAAUACAACACACAGCACUGCCAAUGAGGCACCGAGGUUGCACUUUCUUGGGUUGCGCCCAAGAAUUCUGCCAAACCUAAAAUGGAUUCUUGGCGCAUCCAGAUUUUGCAACCUUUCCUAGAUGUCAUACACCUUUUGAAGCCAGCAGAAAGCCUGUUACAUCCAACCUGAGCCCAUUUCUAAAGUAUUCUGUAGAUAAAAUAACUCUUCUACAUGUUUCAUUUGGUCAUGAUAAGACUUGAUUUGAGGUGUGGGGGGAAGUGUCCAUAUGGGCAUUGAAGGGUUUUUCGGGAGGUCCCCUCCCCCCUCUCUCAUUCUCUGGCUCAUAGAAGAUGUCAAUGAAGCACAAGAGAAGCUAUCAUUUCCUCGGCGAUGCAUUUGCACAUUCUUUGCAUACCCUUGAGACGUGCAACAAUCAAUUCCUAGAAGGAAGGAAUUUAUAGACCACCCAUCGACGACACCUUCAUGUCAUGUAUAUAGAACCUACACUGCAGAUUCUCUUGUAAAUGUGACCCGCUUUAUCUACCUUGUAAGAAUUCUGACUUGUCUCAUGCAAAUAGCAAUGCAAAGCAGAUUUGGCAUGUGUCUGUACUUGGUAUGUCUGUACAGUGCCUGCCAAAAUACCGAAUCCAAGUCAGCAGCUUCUUCUGUCUUGAAAUGUAUAGAUUUUUUGUAAAAUGUGAAAAAUCUAGAUUUGCAUGUAGUAUGUAUAGGAUGGGGGGAGGGUAGAUUCCAAUUUAAAAAAGAGGAAAAAAAAUCUAUAUUUAAGAUGCAUUUGAUAUGUAUGUAGAGAAGAUAUAGUUUUUAGUUACUUUUUAGAGAAUGCAUUUCUAGAUGAUAGAAUUCUAGUUGUUGUAUUUUUGUUUUAUAAUUUAAGUAAAUGACGUUAGACAGGGAAGGGGACAAUAGCCACCAGGAGGACAACCGUGGCAUUACAUAGAGCUGGGUCUCCCAACCAGUGUGCCUCUAGCUGAUGCAAAACUACAACUUCCAGCAUGCUGGAGGCCCACUUGGUAGGGAAACACUGACAAUUCCCUAUGCAUAGAUAGAGGCAUAUCUCUGUGAUCGGAGCUCUGCAAGGGCAUUCCUAGAUACCACACACUUUCUUAAUCCUGACUUUUCUAUUAGAAAUCCCCCCCCCCCCCCUCCCACCAGCUUUUAAACAUGCCCUGAAUGUAUACAAUCACACAGGGAGUCUCAUGCUAACAACCAUUUUCCAUUUUCCUUUUUUUUGCAAAAACAGCACCACUCUUGUCCAUAUGUAGUAGUGCAGCUCGGUCCUAUUUACUUCAAUGAAGCCGAGCUGCAAUACCAGACACAACCUGCGGACAGGUGUGGUGCUGUUUUUGCAAGAAAGAAUUGUUCCUUUUUAACGAUAAUUUGUUUUCCCUUAGUCAUCACAGCAUCACAAAUGGGGGUUAUUUCACCACCACGAACUGGUAAGACCAAUGAAAUAUUUAAUGACAAAAGUCAAUGACAAAAUAGUUAAAUAUAAGGGGGGAAUCACACUCAGUCCUCUGUAUAUAAUUUACAAGAGGAAAAGAAACUCAAAACUAGGGAGGGAUAUUAGUGUGCUACUGUUAGGACUAAGGGAAAACAGAUUGUUAAAAAUUGACAAUUCUCUUACAUCCAACAGCAGCACUGAUAGGGAUUUAGAAAAAAAAAAGACCCCAUGGGAUUUUUUUUUUAAUGUCUGGUGGACAAUAAAAUAGAUUGCCCAAAGGUAGAAUAGCUAUAGAUCAUAGAGUCCAAUCUAUAAUGGGUAUCAAAAGUAGAUCAACAACUCCAAGAAUCAGAUUUGUAGAUGAGUUCCAGUUGAAUAAGGAUUCUUUUAGCAAAUUAUGUAGACAGCAUGGUUUCUUGGAAAGUUACAGCUCAUAAAAAGAGAACAAACACUAAAAUACACUCUUUGCCCACAAAGAGGCGGGGCCCAUAGAAAACAAACAACUUCCCCUAUACAAAAUAGCUUCAAAGCUGCUAAGCAGCUAAUAGAGAAAAAGCACCCGCCCGGUCCUGGACAAAAAUAAAAUCAAAAGGAUGCAGAGAUUGUAAGGGGUGCCGAGCAGAAGCCACGUCACAGCCCCGUGAUGCCACUUUUUUCAAGAUGGCAGUACCCGACAGAGACACGUGGGCCAAGAGGAACAGGAAGAAGAUCAUAAAAAGGUGAUCAUAAAAAAUAGAUACAAAAUAACUAAUGGUGCCUGCAAUGUAGCGGACGCCAAAAACUCCUAUUAACACCUAGAAAGGGGAAAUAAGUCACCAAAGAGGUAACCAGCUCAAUAAAAGGAGUGCAAGAGAAACACAUAUAAGGGUAAAAAGUUUCUGAAAUGACUGGCACAGUAAACAAUAGCACUACACCUGAUGUCCCAGAGUGAAAUCACCAUCAGUCCUACAGUCCGGGAGGACAUUAAAAACACGGUGGGCUGAGGGGGAUCUCCCUCUUUAUAGGGAGAGGGUGUGUUUAACUCUUUUUAAAUCAGUCCUACCCAUUUGCAGGGGGUGGAGUACCCCAUCUGUGUUUCUUGUAGGAUGUAAGAGGAGCAGCAUUUUUGUAAUCCUAGACAACCUGUUUGAUGGAGACGGAGGUCAUGUCGGAGAAACAGAGAUUCUGCAUACUGCCAUAUUUUUAAAUGGUGGUAUGCAUGGGCCCAUGAAAGUGCAUCAUCGCCAUAUUCAAAAUCGGUGUGUGAAAUUCUUUUUUCACUGUUGGUCCGUAAAACUAUUUAUCCAGGAAUCAAAAAACAGAUAAUUUUUUUCAAAAACCGCUCCCCGUCAGUCUCCCGGUUGGGUGUGGUUCUGCAGCUCAGUUAUAUUGAAGUAAAUGGAGACAAGUUGUAAUACUGCACCCAAAGUGGAGACAGACAGGGAGCGGUCUUUGCAAAGAAAUUUAGGUCUGUUUUUCGAUUCCUGGAUAACCCCUUAAUUAAAGUUCUCUAUUAUCAGUUGUGGGGAAUUGGGAGACCCUUUGGGAGCCAUAAGUAGCACCCCCCAGUCACAAUUUCUACGGCACCAACAUGCAUUCUCCAUGUAAUGCUCUUAAAUAGGCUCAUAUAGAACACUGAUCUCAAGCUGUGGCUAUGAGAAGUACAGCCUUCUAUGACAGUCUGGCAUGCCAAGACUUGCAGUCCAUAAAUCACAGCACCAUAAGCCCAUCUUCUUCACCUGCCCAUCGUUCAGCAUAGCAUGCAUUCUCUCAUGUUGUAUUAGAAAUAUAAGUUUAGGUACCGGACUAUUUUUUUCUUUCUAUAUAUAUAUUAUACAGUUUGUAUGAAUUACACAUGUACAGAAUAAGCGUCAGUAUUGUCCGAGCUUUGCAAGUAAGUGACACAACUUCUGCUGGUCCAUAUUCUUCUACUCUAGUGUGAACCUAAAUCUAUGUACAAUAUAAUGACACACUAUAGAUCUACAUAUACACACACACACUGCAAAAUAUGCAUUGAGUGAGCGCUUAGGCACCUGCUCUCGUGUUUUUACAUUUACUUGAUACUCAAGUGGCGCGGCCAGCAGUAGAUCACUGUAUUACGUUAAGGGAAUAAUCUUGCAUGCUGAAAUGUGCCAGCGGGUGCAGUAAUAUUUACUAACUCUGUAUAUAUAUAUACGUAUGUCUGCCUAUUAUUAUUGUAUAUGCUAUCGCAGAUUAUGUACAUUUUCACCAGACAACAAUAUAACAAUGUACAGAAGGUCCUGUAAUGUAAAGGGUUAUGUACAGUGUAUAGAAAUUGGGGAAAGUAUUUUCUUGUUGCUUUUAGCCACAGAUGAGUUUAAAUAGACAGGUGGGAAAAUUGUUUAGCCCGGGGAUAUCAGAUUGUGCCUUUCUGUUCCUUUCCUCUCCCCGUUCUGGCAGUGCGGUCGCUACAUUCGAUUACUGCCAGUGUAUGUUGUUCCUGAUAACAUAUCGUCUAACAUAAGCACUUACAUCUGUCCCCUAUUUAUGUUCCUUUCUACCGGGGAUGUGUGGGCUGUGUGUAAAAUAUUGACAUGUUUUAUUCUGAUGCAAUUUUACAGUAUGUCCAGAUUGUUAGUAGGAUAAAGCAACAUAUUCUCAAUGUAAGAUUUGUAUUCAAGGUCCUUUAGUGUACUCUAAAAUUCUAAAAACAAAAAACUGUCCCCACAUGACAAAACUGACUAUACACAUUGAUGAAUGUCAGCUGAACCCACCAAUUUCAGACUGGUUUACACUAAAGACAUUUAGGUGAAAUCAGUCGGCACUAGGACCGCUAGGACACUCACCCUCACCAUUGAUGGCGAUGAACAUGUUUAUUCUUUCGGCGGAGUCUGGAAUUGGAAUUUUCCGCCACAGAAAUUCUGCAGUGUGAAAACAAUGGGAGGCUGCUGCACCAGAAUUUCUGAGCGUAAUUUCUAAGUAGAUUUUACGUUUGGAAAUUCCAUAAUGUGGAUGCACCUUAAGUGGUGAGAGAAGGAUCUGGCAUGUUGGAUUUCAGAUGCUCGAUCCUUUUGUUUUUCGGAAGAUAACAUACUGCUAAAGUAGUCUGGCAGCAGCUUACCUCCUUCUCUCUCUAUUGAACACACAGCCAUACUCAGCCAGGACGAGCAGGCAUGUGUAUAAGGGGGUCAACAUCUAAAUUGUAUAGCCAGCUUUAUCCAUGUGUGUUGUGGCAGUUAUGUGUUAUUGGGCCCUGUAGCAACAAAUCAGAUGUUUUCUUUUUUUUCCAUCUUCCUAUGUUAAAACUGAUUGGUUGUUAUCAGUGUCCCUGUGAUAACACUGGACUUCCAGAGCACUGGGUGGGACUCAGUUACCGAAGACAACUUAAGGCCUUUUGGCACAGGGCAAUUAUGAGCUGAACAUUGCCCCGUAUACAAGGCCCAGCGAUCAGCUGACAGCAACUUUUAUGCAAGCAUAAAAAAAUCCAAAUUUUUCUGCAGUAUACCCCGUGUAAACAGAGAUGUGCUGCCGACAGUGAUGGAAGUAAAUGGCCGCAUAGACAAUCUAGCAAUGGAUCAUAUGACCCUACACUUCCAACAAUUGCUCUGUGUAGACUGCCAUUUCAACUAACUUAUCUAUAGUCGAUCGGCACUUGUAUAAGGGAGUUGUCUGCCCUUCUGCAAGGACCUUUACAUAUCACACAAGCAAUAUAUUUUUAUUCACAUUUUAGAACACCCUAAAGGGCUUCAUUCUUCUGUAAACUAUGUACAAAAAUGUCUGUUUCAGGACUGCAGCAACAUAACCAAGAAAGGCUCCCUCUCCUCCAUGGUUUCCUCAGAGCCAUCUGAAAUAUCAUAAACAGAAGGUGUAAGAAAUGACUCCAUGCACUGAAGACUCUAGAUUGGCUCUGGAUUCAAUGGGGGGGGGGGGGAUUAAAUGGGAGGCUUACUUUUACUACAGACCAUCGGGGUUCAUGUAUCGAUCUGCCUAAUGCAGUGAGCAGGAAAGAAGGGUGCUAAGGACAUGUACCAUAUUUAUUACAUUCACCAACAUCUAGAAAAGGUGUGUGGCCAACCAGGUGCCAUCCUGCAACACACAUGGGCUGUCCUCACCCAUAAAUUGCAACAGUACCACAGAAUGGUGCGCCACAGAAUGGUGGUAUGCUGCAAAAUUCAUCACAGGAUUGGUGCUUUUGAUACAUAAUUAUUAAAUUCUCCCACAGAGUACCCAGGGUAUAAAGAUUACUCAUACAAUUCCCUUCAGGGCAUAGAGCCCCUCCGGGACUAAACCCUUUACUAGGGUAAC